UGGAAAAGAGAAUUCCCAAGGAAAUCCCUGGAAAAGUUUCGGGAGCGGGCAGGGCUCGAGUCCCGGGAGGUGUCACCUCCUGGCACCUCCCGAAUCCCGCGCAAAGGUCCCCGUUCCGCCCGUUUGUUUAAACAAACACAUUCCCGGCGGGACAAAUCCCCGGGAAUACCCAGAGCGAGACGGAACCCGGGGCGGUUUGGCUCCGUGGAGGGCGAAAUUUGGGAUUUUCCCGGGAUUUCUGCUGGCGGGACACCCCGGCCCAGGCUCUGCGGGAGUUUUGGGCGCUCCCGGAGCUUUUCCAUGCUCCCGGAUAUUCCUGGAGAUGAAAUCCCGCCUGGAUCCGGCUGCGCUGGGACUGCCCGAGCUGACCGGGCUGGGAAUGUAAAAACAGGAAAAACGGCUGAGCUCAUCCCAGCUCAUCCCAGCUCAUCCCAGUCCUCUCCCUGUCCCCAGCGGGCGUCCAGCCCUGAGCGGCACCGGGAGCCCCCCAAAAUCCUGGAGCACCCCCAAGUCCUGGAGCCCCCCCAAGUCACCCCAGAGCCCUGCGGGGGGGUCCCCGCCGCGCUCCCGCCCCCGAGGCGCCGCUGCGUGUCCGUCCUGGAGCCCGGCACGGCCUGGGAUGAGGAUGAGGAGGAGGAGGAGGAGGAAGGGCGAAUCCGCGGCGUGUCCCUGCGGAGAUCCGGGGCGCUGCGGAGCUCCCUGGACCCUUUCCGGAGGCACAGCUGGGAGCCGGGCAAGGACCCGCGGGGCAUCCCGGGCUACGGGCAGCUCAGCCGGAGCCCCGAGCUCGGUUCCAGCGCGGAGCAGCUGGGGGGACUCUGCCGGCGCCCCCGGGACCCCCGGAGGGCCCCCCUGGUGCACAGCAGUGACGAGCUGGACUCGCUGCUCUCGCAGGACGAGGAGGACGAGGCCGACGUGAGGCGGGCACAGGAGGACGCGAGGAGGCUCCCGGCGCCCCGGGCCGGGCCCCUCUCCCGGGGCUGGUCCCGUUUCAAAUCCGCGUCGCUCGGUGUCAUCGCCAGUGUCCCCGGCGAGGACGCCGCCGAAAUUCCCCCGUUCGCCUCCCAGCAGAGCCUGCUCGGCGGCACCGGGAGCCGCCAGCGGCUGGCGGGGGAGGCGGGGACCCCCCCGGGCCGGGAAGGGACCCCCCUGGACAGGACCCUCAGCUUCAUCCGCAGGAUGACCGGGAAGACAAAGGGCAAGGACAAGGAGAGGAUGAAGGAGGGCAAGGAGAAGGACGCGCGUUACACCAACGGGCACCUCUUCACCACCAUCUCCGUGUCGGGCAUGACCAUGUGCUUCGCCUGCAACAAGAGCAUCACGGCCAAGGAAGCGCUGGUGUGCCCCACCUGCAACGUCACCAUCCACAACCGCUGCAAGGACACCCUGCCCAACUGCACCAAGGUGAAGCAGAAGCAGCAGAAGGCGGCGCUGCUGAAGAACAGCUCAGCCCUGCAGUCGGUCACUGUCCCCUCCCCAGAUGCCAUCCGGGAGCGCCCCAACUCUGCCAUCUACCCCUCGGAGAGCUUCGCGCAGACGCUGCUGGGGCCCCGCCGCGGCCGCCCCUCCUUGUCCCUCUCCAAGAGCGUCUCCACCACCAACAUCUCGGGAUGGCUGAAUUUGGGGUCAGCGCUGGGGAUUGGGGGGGCUCAGUGGGGUGAACCCCCCCAGUCACCCCAACCCAUCCCAGAUGUCCUGGUGCUGCUGAUGACGGACGUGCUGGUGUUCCUGCAAGAGAAGGACCAGAAAUACACCUUCCCCAUGCUGGACAAGCCUGCUGUCAUCUCCUUGCAAAACCUGAUCGUGAGGGACAUCGCCAACCAGGAGAAGGGCAUGUUCCUGAUCAGCGCGGCCCCGCCCGAGAUGUACGAGGUGCACGCGGCCUCGCGGGACGACCGCAACCACUGGAUGAAGGUCAUCCAGCAGGCCGUCAGCCUCUGUCCAAGCCGCCAGGAUUUUCCCCUGAUUGAGACGGAGACUGAAGCGUCCUUGCGGAAGCUGAAAGAGCGCAUGGAGCAGCACGACCGGCAGAUCGCGGCGCUGCUCGAGGACAAGGUUGGCAUCUUUGCCGACAUGCUGGCACUGGGCAGCGGCUGCUCCGAGCCCCCCGCAGCCCCCCGGGGGACCCCCUUCCCUGGGGACCCCGCCCGGGGCCCCCGCGGGGACCUUCUGCUGCACGACGCCAUCCGGGAAGUGGAGUGCCUGAAGGAGAUUUUCACGGGAUGCACCCGGGAUCGGGACCAGAACCAGAACCAGAACCAGAACAACCCCCCCGAGGUCGAGAGCUGCGCCAGCCCCAGUGCCAGCAACGGUGACUCCGGCAGCAUCAACGGCUCCUUGGAAUUCCGGGCGGAUCCGGACGCUGGGCAGCGGGACGGGAAUGGGAACCAGGUCCCGCCGAGGGGAUCCCAGGAGGAGAUCAACCAGCGCCUGGUGAACCUCUACGGGCUCCUGCUGCGGCUCCAGGUCCACCUGACCCACCAGGAGGUGCUGCUGGAGCUGCAGCUGCCCGAGGGGCUGCAGCGGCCGCGGCCCCGCCGGGGCUCCCAGCCGGCCGUGCCGGUAACCGGAGCGGCGGAACCGGGUCCCGGGGCGGAGCUGGCGCUGCUGCAGCGGCAGCACGGGCUGGUGCAGGAGGAGCUGAGCCGCUGCCGCCAGCUCUGCCAGGAGCGGGCGCAGGAGGCGGCGGCGCUGGAGUCGCGCCUGCGGGACAGCGAACGGGAGCGCUCCCGGUUGGAACGGGAGCUGCAGGAGGCGCGGGGGGCACCGGCGGGGCCGCGGGGCCGGAGGGCGGCGGAGCCCCGGCGUAGGAGCCUCCCGGCUGGGGAUGCGCUGUACCUGAGCUUCACCCCCCCGCAGCUGAGCCACGCCAGCCCCCCCGCCGUUGUCCCGUUCCACGCCCCUGCCUUCCCCGGCUCCCGGGACGAGCUGGAAUUCCGGGCAACCGACCCCGAACGGCUGCGGGAGGGUGAGGACACCCUGGACGUGCUCCUGGAGGACGAGGGGGGCUUGGGGAGUCGCCACUCCCCCCCCGCCAGCCCCCGAGAUUUCCUGAGGAUGCAGGAUAUUCCCGAGGAGGUGGAGAACAGCCAGGAGCUGAAGGAGGGCGACGGGGACAGUUAGGGACCCCCGCAGCCCCCCCAGCACCCCACGAUUCCCCCCCAGGACACGCCGGGGGCUGGAUCCAGCUGUGGGGAGCGUCGGGAAAAGCGGGAUGGGGACGCUGCUAUUCCCACGGGAGCCUUAUGGGAAUUGGGGAGGGGGGUCCAGUCGCCCCCUCCCCUACUCCAACCCGGGGGGGACAGGGGUGACAUCGUGUUCCUCCUCUUCCCGCUGGGAUUUAUUUAUUUAUUUGGAUGUUUUGGGGUGCGGGAGGUGGCCCCGGGUGGGAGGGGGGGGAACCUCCCGUUCCUGGGUCAGCGGUGACAGUGACACCCCCCACCCCACCCCGGUGUCGGGGGGCUGCCCAAGGGUGGGGCGGGGAGGGACGGGGUCCCCGCGGAUUAACUGUAAAAACAAAGGAUAAAAGAAAUGAAAAAUAUAAAAAAAGAAAAAAAGAA